AAUAUUUAAAAUUGAUAGAAAAUUAUAAAAAUUAUUGAAAAAGGGUGCAGCUCCUGAAAAAUCGAUCCAAAAAAGUUGGCGUGUUUAAAUGAAAAUAUAUUAGUGGAAGUGAAUUUGUCUGUCGAAUGCUUCCAAGAAUAAAUAAAUGUUAAAUAUUAUAAACUAAUAAAUAAUUUAUAUAUCGUAUUAUAAACAAGAAGUCGUGUUUUGUGUUGUGAGUGUUAGAAUUGUAAUUAAAGUUGUUUUAUAAAGAAUUGUGUAAUAAAAUAGAUAUAAUAAUUGUAUCUAUCAGAUACAAAUUUAAGCAACAGCAAUAUAUAUAUAAAUAUAUAUAUAUAUAGAAUCUAAAAAAAAUUGUCGGCAUUAAGAGCAAAAAUUUAUACCAACGAAAAAGUCUAAAAUAAAAAUCAAUAAAAUCGAUUGGCAGCAGCAAAUUGUGUAGUUGCCAUCUCGUCCAUACAUUCUUUGAAAUACAUCUAUAAUAGUACACGAUACAAACGAAAAAGAGAAGUGUAAAUAUUACAAAAACACAAAAUAAAAAAUAUGUUCCGAGCAUUACCACAUUCAAGCAUUUUUACCCGCAAAAUAAAAGUGGAUUUUAUUACCACAGCAAACGCACCACUAUUACCAACUGCUAAUGCAGCAGCCGCUGUAGCUAAUGUUACACCGGCACAACAAGCUGCUGCCGCUGCAGCUGCUCAACUCCAGCAACAACAGCAAGUUCAACAAGCUAUACUUCAAGUGCAGCAACAACAAACACAGCAAGCAGUUGCUGCAGCAGCUGCAGCUGUAACUCAACAAUUGCAACAGCAACAAACGAAUGGCACUACUGCCGGACAACACAAUGGCAGCAAUGGAAGCUCAGAAACGCGCACGAAUCUGAUAGUAAAUUAUCUACCACAAACUAUGAGUGAAGAUGAAAUUCGUUCAUUGUUUUCUAGUGUGGGUGAGAUUGAAUCUGUUAAAUUGAUACGCGACAAAUCUCAAGUUUUCAUGGAUCCUUUAAAUCCACAAGGAGCAACAAAGGGACAAAGUCUUGGUUAUGGUUUCGUUAAUUAUGUGCGUCCACAAGACGCUGAACAAGCCGUUAAUGUGCUAAAUGGUUUACGUUUGCAAAAUAAAACUAUUAAAGUAUCAUUUGCUCGUCCCUCUUCGGAUGCUAUAAAAGGCGCUAAUUUAUAUGUUUCUGGUUUACCAAAAUCUAUGUCACAGCAGGAGUUGGAGGCUAUAUUUGCGCCAUUUGGCUCAAUAAUUACAUCGCGCAUAUUACAAAAUGCCGGAAAUGAUGCACAAACAAAAGGUGUAGGUUUUAUACGCUUUGAUAAACGCGAGGAAGCAACUCGUGCUAUAAUUGCACUUAACGGUACAACUCCUAACAAUUGUACUGAUCCAAUUGUGGUUAAAUUCUCUAAUACUCCUGGUAGCACAAGUAAAAUAAUACAACCACAACUACCAGCGUUCCUUAAUCCACAACUUGUACGACGAAUUGGAGGAGCAAUGCAUACACCAGUGAAUAAAGGUCUUGCACGUUUCUCACCUAUGGCAGGUGAUAUGUUAGAUGUUAUGUUGCCCAACGGAUUAGGUGCAGCUGCUGCUGCUGCUUCAACAUUGGCAAGUGGUCCUGGCGGUGCCUAUCCAAUUUUCAUAUACAAUUUAGCUCCUGAAACUGAAGAAUCGGCUUUAUGGCAGUUAUUUGGACCUUUUGGUGCAGUGCAAUCAGUCAAAAUUGUUAAAGAUCCAACAACAAAUCAAUGCAAAGGCUACGGUUUUGUAUCGAUGACAAAUUAUGAUGAGGCUGCUAUGGCAAUACGUGCACUCAAUGGUUACACACUCGGUAAUCGAGUUUUGCAAGUUAGCUUCAAGACAAAUAAAUCCAAGUAAAUAAUAAAAACAAAAAUAAAAGUAAAAGCAAAAGUAAAAGUAAUUUAAAGUUUUGGUGUGGAAUGAACAAACAAUGUGGAUAAUGUGGAGAAAAAUGUGUUCGUUAAGGUAUUGAUUAACAAACAAGGUGGUAAAGAUUUAUUCUACCGCAAAAAAAUAAAAA